AUUUUGAACGCGCUGCACAGUGCUGAAUUAUUUCGUUUCGACGAAAUAUUUCAUUUUUAGUUCGGAUAUAAAAACAUAAUUAUCGGAUACGAAUAUACAAUAUAUAAAGAGUUAGAUAUGCUUCAGAACUUGAAGCCAAAUUAUUUAAAUUCAUGCCUCUACAAUUCAUCAUGCGUCCUUGCACGGAGUACAGUUUUGUCAACAAUCCACUCUUAUAGCAAACGAGGUCUGGAUGUUGGCUAUAAACCAGCGCUAGUAGAAUCCAAUAAUCGUAAUGUUGGAAAAAAUCAGCGGCAACCUAGCAAUGAAAAACGCUUUAGCAUGCUUCUACCCCCACCUAACAUUACCGGGGAGUUGCACUUAGGUCACGCACUUACUUGUACUAUUCAAGACGCUUUGAUACGCUGGAAUGAAAAGCAUGACCUUCAAUGUUUAUGGCUGCCGGGUAUGGAUCAUGCAGGCAUUGCUACUCAAGUUGUCGUUGAGAAGAAUCUGCAGAAGGCAAAAAAGCUUAGCAGAUACGACUUGGGCAAGGAUAAAUUUCUCCGAGAAGUUUGGAACUGGAAGGACGAAAAAGCAACAGGUAUCAAACGAAACCUUAAUGAAUUGGGAGCUCACAUGAACUGGGAACACGAAUAUUUCACGAUGGAUGAGCACCAGUCAAGAGCCGUAAAAGAAGCGUUUAUUCGGUUAUUUGAGGCGAACUUAAUCUACCGAGAUAAAUCAUUGGUCAAUUGGUCCUGCGCCUUGGAAUCCGCUAUUUCCGAUAUAGAGGUUGACAAUUUGGAAAUCAAUGGACCAACUGCGAUAGAAGUGCCUGGAUAUCGCGAGAAAGUAAUAUUCGGGGAAAUGGUUGAUGUAGCAUAUAAAAUUCGAGGUACACAGGAGGAGAUUAUAGUUUCGACGACCAGACCGGAAACCCUACUCGGAGAUGUGGCUGUGGCUGUUAAUCCAAUGGACGGACGGUACAGCCACUUGAAGGGCAGGUCUAUUAUGUUAUGGCACCCAGUACGUCAGGAAGAAAUUCCGUUAAUCUUUGACGAAAGUGUUGAUCCAGAGUUUGGAACCGGUGCAGUUAAAAUCACACCAGCCCAUGACCGGUAUGAUUAUGACAUGGCGCUAAAAUAUCAGUUACCAAUUGUAAACGUUAUAACUAGUAAAGGAAAUAUCGAGCAAAAUUUUGGUUUAUUUUCGGAGCUUCCUAGGUAUAAUGCGCGCGCAAAAAUGUUAAACUUCCUUGCUAAUGAAUCACUACUAAGAGGAACGAGACCCCAUUCAAUGGUGUUACCAAUUUGUUCGAGGUCAAAAGAUAUAGUUGAGUUUUUAUUGAAACCUCAGUGGUUUGUUCGCUGUCAAAAUAUGGCUCAGAAAGCUAAACAUGCAGUUGAAACUGGGGAAUUGUGCAUAAUUCCAAAAGUUUUUGAGAAUGAAUGGUUUCGUUGGUUAGAUAAUUGUCACGACUGGUGUAUUUCCAGACAGCUAUGGUGGGGUCAUCAGAUACCAGCUUAUGAAGUGCAAUAUGGCCAAACCUCAUCUUGGAUCGCCGCUAGAUCGCUGGAAGAAGCUCAGCAGAAAGCUCAAGCCAUGCAUGAUUCUGCAGAAUGCAAAGUUGCGCAGGAUACGGAUGUAUUAGAUACGUGGUUCUCUUCGUCGCUGCUUCCUUUUUCUUCCCUCGGGUGGCCUGAGGAUACCACCAAACUAAGGCGGUACUAUCCGUUGGAUCUAAUGGAAACCGGUCACGAUAUACUAUUCUUUUGGGUAGCACGUAUGGUUAUGCUGGGUCAACAACUAACAGGACGGUUACCGUUCAACAAGGUAUUAUUGCAUGGUAUAAUUUGUGAUGAGUUCGGCCGAAAAAUGUCCAAAAGUUUAGGAAAUGUAAUUAAACCGGAACAUGUUAUUAAGGGCGCUUCAUUGCAGCAGCUAAAUAAAGAAGCUGAAUCUUUACAUCAACAGGGCAUUCUAUCAUCGGCGGAAUUGAAGAAAUCUCUAUCCGGUCAGCGUAAAAUGUUUUCCGAUGGUAUUCCGGAGUGCGGAACGGAUGCACUACGCUUUACGUUGUGUUCAUCUAACGUGAAAAAUCAUUUUAUAAAUUUCAACGUUCAGGAGUGCCAUACGAAUAAAUUAUUUUUCAACAAGAUAUGGCAGGCUACGCGUUAUACUUUGGGUUGCAUCGAUCGUUUCUCGGUUGUGCCUAGUGGUCACUUAAGCAAGGAUGAGUUAACAGAGAUGGAUAGAUGGAUUUUGAGUCGACUCAGUAGCACCAUCGAAACGACACAAAAAGCAAUGGAAGGUUUCAAUUUUCAUUUGGUCACUGCAGCUUGGAAAGUAUUUUUUCAUAAUAAUUUUUGUGAUGUCUACUUGGAGUCCACUAAAGCACAUAUGUCAUCCGACAAUGCAUCCAUUGCCACAAAUCACUGCUUAGUGCUGCAACAUUGUCUGGUAAUCGGUUUACAUAAUUUAAAAAUAUUCACUCCAUUUUUGGCUGCGGAACUACUAUCUCAUUUACCUGUGGUGCCAGAUCUCCGAAUUAACUACAGGGAAUGGACAGACCCAGCAUUGGAGACAGCAAUCGAGCAGUUAUUAGAAAUUUGUCAAAGCAUACGCCAAGCCAAAAACGAGUGUUGUCCACCGGUUGCUCGCAAGCAUAACCCAGUUUUGCAUUUGCUGCCUAAAUCGGAAAGUUUGAGUAACCUAUUUCAGCUACAUAUAAAAAAUAUUGAACAAUUGACACAAUGCAAUGGGGUGAUUCUUCACACUGCUGAGGACUCUUUCGCUAAUACCACUUUCACAUGUCAGUCAUCCGCUACUCAUGAGUGUAAUUUCGGUAUUGUGACAGAUUCACAAGUGCUCAAAGCAGUGGCGAGUAGAAAUAAGAAACUCGUCAAGCUAAUAUCUGAGCUGGAUAAACUGCUUAGCAUUGUGGGAAGUGAUGGCUACCGAAAAUCUGCGAAAGCUUCAGUUCAACAGAAGCAUUUGGAAAAGAUUGAUCAGCUAAAAUUACAGAUUAAAGAGAUGCAAAAUAUGUGAUCUAGUCGUGAUACUCAGAUUGAGAAAGGAAAUUAAAGGAAAUUUUUAAAAUA